UAGACACCUAUGGAGUGAGUCCAAAGACGAAAAUUCAAACAGGCCGGAAAGAGGGGAAAGCAGAGAAACUCAGUAGAGGAGGAGACUGCUUCACACCCCUCUCCUCCUCCCUCAGACACCCCUUUUCUGAGGCCGACAACCAGAGCCAGUGCAGGGGAUCGAUUGAUCGCCAAAUGGCGCAAUCGGGGGGGCAGGGUGUUGUAAUGGACCCUGCCGUUCUCGACGACAUUAUAGGACGCCUGCUGGAGUUCCGGCAGGCGAGGCCCGGUAAGCAGGUUCAGCUUACGGAGAACGAGAUCCGCCAGCUCUGUGCCGUCUCCAGGGAAAUCUUCCUCCAGCAGCCCAUUCUCCUUGAGCUCGAAGCCCCCAUUAAGAUCUGCGGUGACGUUCAUGGGCAAUAUGGCGAUCUUUUGCGGCUUUUUGAAUAUGGGGGGUUUCCCCCUCAAGCCAAUUAUUUAUUCCUAGGGGACUAUGUGGACCGGGGCAAGCAAAGCUUGGAGACAAUAUGCCUUCUACUAGCCUACAAAAUUAAGUACCCGGAAAAUUUCUUUCUUUUAAGAGGAAAUCAUGAGAGUGCUUCUAUUAAUCGGAUUUAUGGAUUUUAUGAUGAGUGUAAACGGAGGUUCAAUGUGAGAAUUUGGAAACUCUUUGCUGAUUGUUUCAAUUGCCUCCCUGUGGCUGCUCUCAUAGAUGAAAAAAUAUUGUGCAUGCAUGGUGGCCUUUCCCCUGAUUUAGCAAAUUUGGAUCAAAUAAGGAACUUACCCCGUCCAGCUGAUGUUCCAGACUCUGGUUUGCUCUGUGAUUUACUUUGGUCUGAUCCUGGUAGAGAUGUCAAAGGUUGGGGCAUGAAUGAUAGGGGCGUCUCAUAUACCUUUGGUCCUGAUAAAGUGUCAGAAUUUUUAACAAAGCAUGAUAUGGACCUUAUUUGUCGUGCCCAUCAGGUUGUAGAGGAUGGAUAUGAAUUCUUUGCCAACAGACAACUUGUUACGAUAUUCUCUGCACCUAACUAUUGUGGUGAAUUUGAUAAUGCUGGUGCAAUGAUGAGUGUGGAUGAAAGCUUAAUGUGUUCUUUCCAAAUUUUAAAGCCAGCAGAUAAAAAAUCAAAAUUUAUGUGAACACCAGGAUAUUAAGAUGCAGUUUUGACUUCUCUAGGAUUUCUAAGCUGAUUGGGGAAAGAUCUUCCCUUAUUUUUCUUUGGAAAGGAUCAAGGAGAAGUUUAGUAUCAUUUGGUUGGUUGGUUCAAUGGAUUAACGUGAAGAACUUUUAAGCAUCACUUGGAUUAAGGUGCAUUCUUUUCGAAGGGUGAGAAUGGUCUUGGUAUUGAAUCAGACACUGUUUUAUAAGGCCACCUAAGUAAAUGACUUAGGGCUUUUUUUUACUUUAUAGAUCUCCUAUUUGUAGAAAUAUUUCUUUCUUCAUUUUCUAUUUUUAGCCAUUUGUUCUGAUAACAUUUUAUAUUGGCCGUUAUAAAAUUGAUUACCGCUUCUAUGUCUAUUAUUUAUGGAAGAUUCUCUGGAUCAUCUCUUCCUUUAAAGCAUUUGGUCCCUCUUCGGCUUGGUUUUCUUCUAGAAACAUCUUCCCUGGUAUUAUCCAGGCUGAGGCUGAAACUUUUCAUAUGCCAUAGUCUGAAGCUUGCACACAGGGAGAGGGGAAGGGACAGUAUCAAUUGAAAUGUUUAUCCUGUGCGGCAUUGGAAUCUUUGGACUUGAAAAGAACUCUAUUAAUUUUGGAAUACCAAGUUUGUACUGGUUUUUGUUGAAAUCCACGCAAAUUCAAAUAAAUGUUCUUGAGGACCCAAACCUGGCAUUAAGGCUUUUCAACUGGCUUAUGGUUGCCAACCUCCAAUUAUAGCGGGAAGUUGGUUUCUAGAAUGCCUUCAGAAUUUCUUCUAAUGUUUUAAUCUAGUUCUAUGUUCUUGUUCUUAAUUGUGCAUAUUUCCUUGGUCAUCAUCACUGUUACAUACAGUUGACCUCCAUCCCUCUCUCUAUAUCUGCUGCAGCUAGCCCGAUGACAUGUGGAAUGAAAAUGAAGAUGCUCGUUUCUGAGAUUUGUCGAACUCGAGUAGAGGAAUACUUGUACCCUUCCAUUAUUUGUCCAUUUUGUUUGUUUGCUUGUUUGGAAGUAUUGGGUUACACGGGAGUUUUGGGACUGACUUUGGAGGCAACUGUGUUACUUAUUUUGUUUUCCUCAAAGAAAUUUUAUCACGGAAAUAGUAGUGUCUGUGUAAUAACAUUUGGUUCUGUAAAUGACCAUGAACCCUGUAGAAUAUGAACGCACUGAUUCAUUUCUCCUGUA